CAGGAGACAAGUCAUCACGGUGCCAGAACAGAAAAGAGCCUGGAUGAAUGCCGCCAUCGAUCCCUGAGAGAUGGUGGGAUGAGGCGAGCAGUGCUGGAGGAUCGGAGGGAACGUGGUGCAGUUCGUGGUGUAAUUAGCGCAGAGAGAAAGACACCCUGAACAGGCACUGAAAAUGGACACCACCCGGAAUCAAACUGCUCCUACUUUCUAUGAUUUGGAUUUACAGAGCCAAAAUAAUUUCACCAAUGACACCUUGUCAAACAGCCCUUAUUCUACACUUCUGGAUCAGACCAUUAACUGGAUCUGCAUACUCAUCCUUUUUGACACUAUGGUUUCUCUCGGCUGUACAAUGGAGAUCUCCAAGAUAAAAGCCCACAUCGUAAAGCCCAAAGGCGUGGUGAUCGCCAUGCUGGCUCAGUUUGGGGUGAUGCCACUCACGGCCUUCUCUAUGGUUAAACUGUUCAAGUUCAGUCCUGGUGCAGCCAUGGCAGUGAUGGUGUGUGGUUGCUGUCCGGGGGGCAUGUUUUCCAAUAUCCUGGCCUUUGCUCUAAAUGGGGACAUGAAUCUCAGCAUUGUGAUGACGACCUGCUCGACGUUGGCGGCACUAGGUAUGAUACCCCUGCUGCUCUUCAUUUACUGCCAUGGCUUCUCCAAUGUUCAUGCCGUGCCUUAUGUUGGCAUCUUCCUGGCCUUGAUCUUGACUGUGCUCCCUUGUGCCAUUGGCAUCUACAUUAACUAUCGUGUACCAGAGAAGUCCAAACUUGUUGUAAAGGUUGGGCUGGGCAUAAUGGUGGUUGGUUAUAUUGUCUUAGGCAUUCUGCUCAGCCUUUUCCUAGGACCAGUCAUCUGGGCUGUGACAGAACGUCGACUGGUCGCUACAGGAGCACUGAUGCCACUUAUUGGAUAUGUGCUUGGCUAUGUGCUGUCUUUGUUCUUCAGUUUUGAUGAGCCCUGUAGGAGGACUGUUGCCGUGGAGACAGGUUGCCAAAAUCUUCAUCUCUGCUUCACAAUCCUAGAGGUGGCCUUCGAACGCGAGGUCAUCGGCCCAUACACUCUUUUCCCUUUUGUCUAUUUUCUCUUUCAAAUUCUUGAGGCAUUGGUUUUUAUCAUCAUCUUCAGAUGCUACAAGAAAUCAUCAAAGAACUCAGAAAUGGUUCGUCGUAGCCGCAACAUUAUUUAAAAAAAGCGACCUAUUCAAACAACUCCACAAGCUCUUGAUAAAAUGUCUGACAAUUAAAAUGCCAUAUUUGUGUAACAGUUCUUUAGACAUCAUUCCCACUCUGUGGUAUCUCACAUCAGUUUAUUUUACAUUUUGCACUGAAAAUAUUUGCUAUCGCAGAAUAAACAGUUGGCUCAGGGUCAGCGCAAAACUUCUCUUGUUUCCUCCCAUACUUACCUACAAAAUUGUAUACGUUUCAGUUAAAAAAUUUUAAUUAUUGUCAAGAAAUUCCUGAAUCGUUAUUGUAUUUAGUUAGCUAUUUUAAUUAGCGGUAGGGUUUUCAAUAUGGGUUUCAUUUAUAUUCAUAGAGAUCAGGGAGAGAUUCCCAGUUUUAGUAAAGCCUCAUAAAUGUGUGUCUAUGCCUAAGAGCUAAAGUGUCAUCGAAAAAACAAACAAGCAAACAGGUUUAUAAAAAAUGAAGGCUCCCAACUCUUAUGAAUUACACUUAGCCAGGUGUGGAGAAUUUAUCCUCGGGAAAUAACGAUGGUGGAGGAGAAGCCAAUGUGUGGGAACGUACAAAACGUGAGAGAGUGAAGAUAACAAGUAGAAGCUGAUGAACUGGGUAGGGCUCCUAGCUGGGAAUUCUGGGAAUUAUUCUUGCUGGAGGAUGAACGGCUUGUGACAAACUUCUUAUUUUAAUAAAGAACAACUUUUUUGGCUUGUUGGCAACAAAUUAUGUUAAAUUGCAGUAUGUCAGGUUGGUUACUGAAAAAGAUUUGAAUAAGUAAAUAUAUCAUAUUAUUUAUUCUAUUUUUGUCAUGCAAUGGUUUAGCACCCCAUCCAGGGUGUUUACUGCGACAUGCCAAAGUUUCUGGGAUAGACUUAAGGCCGAUCUACACACAACCUGGCACAUGUUUUAUGCUGGAUGCCCUUCUUGGCGGAACCAUCCAAUUUUAUCCAGGCUUGGGACCGGCACCGCAUCCAGUAGCUGUGGUUUGGGAGUAAAUUGAACUUGGGCUUUCUGCUUAGCAGGAAACAAACCUACCACUGAGCCACCAUGCCAUGUGUCUUAUUCUUUUUGGAGAGAAUGACCUUUUUUUUCCUAGCCACUCUAUCUUGAACACAAGACUUGGUCUUUUUUUUUUUUUUUUUUACUAAUUUGUUGUCAUGAAUGUUUUUGUCAUUGUCUCUGUAGCUCUAUUAGAAAUGAGUCCUUCUCAGUGUAUGAUGGCCAUAUGAUCCUUACCAGACAGAAGAUUGUCUUAGGACAAUCAACUGCUUCUCUGACGUCUUGGGUGAUGUUCUUCUUGGCAUUACGUUAGGUUCUGCUUGGUAGUUAAUAUUCUUGAUGCCAACUGGUUUCAAAAAAUGUUGGUGAAAUCUGAUAUGAGGUUUAUUGUUUACAGAAGUUGGUGAGGACUGCAAAAAUUAUUAUUUAGGCCCUAUGAAUAAAAACCUAGGGUAAGGUUAGGGUUAGGGU